CACAAUGAUAUUGCUGCCAUAUUCCAUUGUGAAACCUAAUCAAUUCUUGUUGGAAGGUGAAAUUAUGGCGAUUUCUGUGAAUUUUAUUCAAAAUUGUUGAAUGAGGCCAUGUUCCCAUUUGAAAGGUGUAAAUUUAGGGGAUAUUUUUGGGAGGUUUUGGUAUUUUUUUUGGUGUUUGUAACGCCUAUGAGUGGAAAACAUCAGCGAUAACGAAGUAAAGUUACUGAGGUACACGGAUCAGGCCAUUGGAAAGAAAAGGAACUCGUUAGUAGGCGGUCGAACGUGGCAACGUCGCCGAGGGAAUGUCAGACGUUGUUAGGCCAGGCUAGGGAAAACAUCGUGCGAUCGAGGCCACAUUGCCGUGCUUUGGGAGUCAGCGCACUAGCGAACAGUACGCCAGCCGUAAUCUCUACGAAAUGGCAUCCGCGAAUGGUACAGCUACGUUUUUCACUCACGGCACCUGUACGCAAUAUGAACAAGUGCUUAAACUAUAUCCACAGGCCCUGCGACUCAAGGCUGACCGAAGGGCUAAGAGGCCAGAGGAACUGAUCAAGCUUGAUAACUGGUAUCAGAAUGAACUGCCAAAAACGAUUAAGAGCAGGGGCAAAGAUGCACACUUGGUGCAUGACGAACUGGUACAAUGUAUGAAAUGGAAACAGAUAAGGGGAAAAUUCUACCCACAACUCUCAUAUUUGAUUAAGGUUAACACUCCCAGAGCUGUUAUGAUGGAAACGAAAAAAGCAUUCAAGAAACUUCCUAACUUAGAGCAAGCCUUGGCCGCUCUUUCAAAUCUCAAAGGAGUUGGUACAACCAUGGCUUCAGCUCUAUUGGCUGCUGCUUGCCCUGAAAUGGCACCUUUCAUGGCUGACGAAUGUCUUAUGGCUAUACCAGAAAUCGAAGGCAUUGAUUAUACUGCAAGGGAGUACCUGAAUUUCGCAAAACACAUUCAAGCCAAAGCAGACAGUCUGAACAAAGUUGCCAACGAGAGCCCAGAAGCUACUGAAUGGACACCACACAAGAUAGAAUUGGCCCUUUGGACCCACUUUAUCGUAUCGGAAUUCAAACCAGAAUUGCUCUCUAGUAUAAACUUCGAAAAUGGUAAUUCCAUACCUCCAGCGAUAUGCCAAAACGGUGACUCUUUGGAUCCGUGCGUGUCGGACGAAAGCAAUCAGGAACCAUUGAACGGAAAAGCCACAAACGUGAUAGACGAGGACACAACUACCUCCUUUACGGACAACAGUCCGCCUUCUUUAGAAAGUGAAGAAACCAACGAAUCUGCCAUCUCAGAUUCGACAAACGAUUCGUCUGCAGUAGAAUUCAACAAACGACCCUUAGAUGAAGAUUCGAAUUCGGUCGAUCAGCCGUCUAGCAAAAAAAUCAAAGAAGACACAGGUGAUAAGUGACAAAUAGAGGCGUACCAUUGAUUUUUUUCACAUGUAUGAGUGUAAGGAUUAGGUUUUUGACUACUAUUGAACACUUUCGAAGCCUUAAGUUGGACGAACCUAAUUACGUCUUUGAUUCCAAAGUAUAUUCUUGGACGAAUUUAUUUUCUAGUUGAACGUUUUCGUUUGUAGCAGCUGAACGACAAUAGUGGGUACAAAGAUACUACAAAAUUUAAUUUAAGCAAAUGAUAUAACUAUAACGAUUUCUACAGAAGAUAUAUUUGAUUCAGUCUGGACGUAUGGUGCCUCGUAUCUUUCCUCGAUGGAUCUUUGAGAAAUUCUCCCUCGGUAAAGUUAUAUUUGAAGAUAUUUUAUAGAGAUUUGUAUUUUUAUGGCGAAUGUGUGGAAAUGUUUGAGGUUUGGGAAGAAAUUUUCAAAGAUGCUUAUCGGGAAACCUAGUUAUCGGAGGUGAUUUGGUUUUUCGCUAGUUUUUUCCAAUGAAGGUUUAGAAGUGUUUGAACGUUUUGAUUUCGUAAUUAACUUAUAUUCCAUUAAAUCCUUGUGAAAUUUAUCGAAUCCGAACACGUUUUUUAUUUUUCCACUACUGCAGUUUCGUUUUUAAAAUAGUAUAUUUUGUAAUUCCAUAUUUUUCAAUAGUAAAUAUAUUAGGGUAACAGAUGGACUGAAAUACAUUUUAGUGCUGCAGAAAUGAUAACUACUAACAAAUUGUGUAUAGACGCUUUGAACAAAUUUUUCGUUACAUUUUUCAGUUGUUCCUCCAAUUGUACAUUUUUAUAUGAAUAAUAGUUACCGGAAAAGACGUACUGUUUAGUAUGCCGAUAAAUGUGAAAACCGAUAGUUUCAACCGAAGAAAUAUUGAAAUUUUCGUUUAAUCCAAAUAGAUUGAAAAUGCUAGAUCGCUUGAAGGGAACGGUGAUAAAAACAACUUUUGAGUGGACCAACUUUGUACAGGGUUUGAAAUGAAACUUGAAUUUUCUUCGGAAAAUUUCAAUAUUUCUUCUGAAAUCGAUUAUUGCAAAAAAUUCUUAUACUUUUGAAGUGAAAUGUGUCUCUAAAUCUGUUGUUGAAAUAAUGCAUAUAGUAUACUGAAACGUUUAUAAGGUUGAAGUGAUGAAACGAGUUGAAAAAGGGUUUCUCCCGCUUAUCUAAUUCCAUUAAAUGCACAACUGAAAAGUUUCCUGAUUACUCUGUUGGAUUUCGAGUUAUUGAUUUGAGAAUACAUGAUUGUUUUUUAUUGCACAUUGUCGUCUUCAGUUGCUUACAUUCUUUACCUUGUUAGUGUAAGUAAUUUAUUUUUUUUUUUUUUUAAACUUGAAACCUUUCAUAGAUUAGGAGUUUCUUUUGUAUGACUUGCUGCUUAUCGACAUGUACAUUCCAAUUCUAUUCUUAUAAGGAGUAUCCCCCUGUUAGGAAACGAAAUGUCCUUGAAGUUAAAUUUGGUUGGUGUAUAAAGUAAAAUGUAAUCAGAUAAAAUAUGAAAAUAGCAGAUGUGUACUGAAUCGUUUCUCCAGAAUUUGUUCGUUUCGGUAUUAUAAAAUCGUUUUCGAAAGGAGUACAAAAUUAUUAUAACGAUUUUAUAAUGUCGAAGUUCGAAUUAAAACAUUUUAAAUACAAAUAUUUAUAUAUAGAAACAACAAAUAACUGAUUGCCUUUUUAUGAAUAAUACCGUAGAAUGUAUACAUACACUUUUACAAAAAUUUAGCAAGUUAAUUUAUAUUAUGAUAUAUAAUAUAUAGUAAGGUGUUAUUUUUUACCACAUUGUGGGUGUUUUUUAUUAGUUUAUUCAGUGCUAUUUACCCUCACCGCUUUUUAAUUCUUUUUAUAAAAAACGCCCUCAAUGCAAGAAUGUAUUGUAAAAAUAUCAGUUGUAGAAAUGAGUUUGAGGUUUUUGUAGGAUAUUUUCAUAAAUAUAAAUCUUUCACGGCGAAGAAA